GGCUGGUGCCUGGGGAAAGGCCCCGGCGGGCUGUCUGCAUGGCUGCCUCUCUGGCGGCUGCUGUCGGGGAAGCAUGAGCCUGGAAUGCUAAUCAGGCAGCUGCUAAGCGAGGCUGCGGGGCGGCCAGAGCAGGGGGAGCCACCGAGCUCUCCAAGAACAACAGGCAGCCAGGGAGGGACGCACACAGACGCCACGAAAAGCCGCCCGCUCCGGCCACUCCGCCGCGGAGAGGCGUCCGGCCUGCCAGCCCCAGAGCCAGGAGGGAGCCCCGGCCCCGCAGCGCACCUGCCGAGGGUGGAUUCCUGCCCCUUGCGCUCGCUCGGAAAGGAGGCAGCUGCGGGAAGAUGUCGUACCAAGGCAAGAAGAACAUCCCCCGGAUCACGAGUGACCGGCUUCUAAUCAAAGGAGGAAAGAUCGUCAAUGAUGAUCAAUCAUUUUAUGCUGAUAUCUAUGUGGAAGACAGUUUGAUAAAGCAAAUUGGAGAAAACCUGAUAGUUCCUGGUGGCGUCAGAACUCUUGAUGCCUAUGGCCAGUUAGUUAUGCCAGGAGGAAUAGAUGUCCACACUAGACUACAAAUGCCUGUGAUGGGAAUGACCUCUGCUGAUGACUUCUAUCAAGGCACAAAAGCAGCCCUAGCAGGAGGAACCACCAUGAUACUUGACCAUGUAUUCCCUGACUCUGGAAUGAAUCUGCUUGCUGCAUAUGACCAAUGGAGAGAGUGUGCUGAUAACAAAGCCUGUUGUGAUUAUUCACUGCAUAUUGACAUCACACGCUGGCAUGAGAGCAUAAAAGAGGAACUGGAAGCUCUAGUGAAAGACAAAGGUGUGAACUCCUUUCUAGUUUUCAUGGCUUAUAAAGACAAGCUCCAGUGCACUGACGCUCAGAUGUAUGAAAUAUUCAGCAUUAUUCGCGACCUGGGUGCCAUUGCCCAAGUGCAUGCCGAAAAUGGAGACAUCAUUGACGAGGAGCAAAAGAGACUGUUGGAACUUGGAAUUACUGGGCCAGAGGGGCAUGUUCUUAGCCACCCAGAGGAGGUUGAAGCAGAGGCAGUGUACCGUGCAAUUACAAUAGCAAAACAAGCCAACUGCCCGUUGUAUGUCACAAAAGUAAUGAGCAAAGGUGCCGCAGAUGUGAUAGCUCAAGCAAAACGAAAAGGCACAGUUGUGUAUGGAGAGCCAAUUACAGCGAGCCUUGGCACGGAUGGAUCACACUACUGGAGUAAGAAUUGGGCUAAAGCUGCAGCUUUUGUUACAUCCCCACCAAUUAGCCCUGACCCUACUACGUCCGAUUAUCUCACUUCUCUGUUAUCCUGUGGGGAUCUGCAGGUUGCAGGCAGUGCCCACUGCACAUUUACCACCGCGCAGAAGGCAGUAGGAAAGGAUAACUUUACCCUUAUUCCAGAGGGAACAAAUGGCAUUGAAGAAAGAAUGUCAAUAAUUUGGGAGAAGUGUGUGGCCUCAGGGAAGAUGGAUGAGAAUGAUUUUGUAGCAGUGACCAGUACAAAUGCAGCCAAAAUCUUUAAUUUUUAUCCCAGAAAGGGACGAAUUGCUGUAGGUUCUGAUGCUGACCUAGUUAUAUGGAAUCCCAAGGCUACAAAAAUUGUCUCAGCAAAAACCCACCAUCUGAAUGUGGAAUAUAAUAUAUUUGAAGGAACAGAGUGUCGUGGUUCCCCUACGGUUGUUAUAAGUCAAGGAAAAGUUGUGCUGGAAGAUGGAAACCUCUUUGUCAUCCAAGGGUCUGGUCGCUUCGUUCCUAGAAAGACAUUCCCUGAUUUUGUUUAUAAAAGAAUAAAGGCAAGAAACAGGCUUGCUGAAAUUCAUGGUGUUCCCAGGGGGCUUUAUGAUGGGCCAGUUCAUGAUGUCAUAGUGACUGCUAAAGCUGCAGCCCCCACUCCUACUUCAAGGAUAGCUCCCUGCUCAGGCAAAAUACCAACUCUUCCUGUCCGUAAUCUGCAUCUGUCAGGAUUCAGCUUGUCUGGAUCUCAAACAGAUGACCAUAUUGCAAGACGUCCUGCUCAAAAAAUCAUUGCACCCCCUGGUGGACGUUCCAAUAUUACAUCUUUGUCAUAAUGGUUCCAAAUGUGAUGUAUUGUAUUCCUUGCCAAUCAGUCUUAGUUUCCACUGGAGCAGGUGAUCUGGAGAACUGCAUUUUUCAACAUCAGUUUCACAGUUACAGAAGAUGAUCUUAAAAGAUUGCCUUAUUUACACUCACCCAGAACAGCUUGCUUUGGGG